CUUUGCGUGGAAGCACACCACUCCGCGGGAUAUUUCUGUUUGACAACUGCGAACUUGAAGAACUACAGUUUCCCAUAAUGGAGUUUACCAGUUCAUUAAUGAUCGUAUUAAUAUUUGCGAUUUUACACUUCGUUACUAUUGAAGCGCAAUCAUAUGCUACUUCAAGUUCAGGACACUCGAGUCAUUAUGGUUCAAGUUACGGUUAUCCUUACGCUACUUCCGAUACGCCUGCAGGAUCAAGAUACGCCUCUCAUACGAGUUUUAAUCCAAGAAAAACUCCGUUCGAAACUUACUCAAAGGAUGAUCCCCUGAUGGGCAGAAGGAUUGUCUGUUUAUACAACAAUGCAAACUACUACAAGUCUGGAUUAGAGCCGAAAGACCUCGAUGCGCACCUGUGCACCCACAUCAACUACGAAUUCGCAAAGCUUGAUCCGAAAACUUAUGAAAUGGUCCCGAGUGAACCGGACAUAGACAUCGACCAGAACUUUUAUGAUGACACAGUAGGCUUGAAGAAGUUAAAUCCUUCGUUGAAAGUGAUGCUGUCUUUGGGAGGAUGGAAAGACAGCACUAAAAAGUACUCGGAGCUGGUUGCGUCCCCUGAAUUGGUUAAACAUUUCAUUACAGAAGCCGUUUAUUUCUUAAGGAUGCACGGUUUCGAUGGCUUGGAUGUUGCCUGGGAAUACCCCAAUUGCUGGCAGGGAGAACUGGGCGUCCGUCCAGCUGACAAGGAUAAUUUUACGGUAUUUCUUCAGGAACUACGGAAAGCCCUAGAUGCUGAAAAUAAAAUUUUAUCAAUCAGCGUCACUGCCAUCAAGAGAGAAAUUGAGGCUGGGUAUGAUGGCCCAGCUGUUGCAAAAGCAGUUCAUUAUGUCAACGUGAUGACUUAUGACAUGCACGGCCCAUGGGAGAGGAAGACGGGUCAUCAUACGCAGUUUGACAAAAAAGCUGGAGAUGCAGAUCCCUCUUUGAAUUCGAAAUCGGCGAUGGAAAUCUGGGCAAAUAACGGAUUCUCAAAGAUGCAACUUAAUUUGGGAAUAGCAACUUACGCUAAGACUUUCACUCUGGUUAAUCCGGCCAAUCAUGAAUUUGGUGCUCCAGCCAGGGGUCCAGGAGCCCCGGGUGCAUUAAGCAAUAAUGGGGGCUCCCUUUGUUACAGAGAAAUAUGUCAAUAUUUGAAUGCUGUAAACUGGACAGAAGGAGAAGACAAAGCCGUAGGUUUCUACGCGUAUUCCGGUGACCAGUGGGCUGCGUACGACCCUCCUCUCAUGGUGGUAAGGAAGAUCAAGUGGAUUGCCGAGAGUGGUUACGGCGGUGUCCUUAUAAAAGAUUUUAGCUGUGAUGAUUUCGAAGGCAUCUGCCUGUCCAUGAAGUUUCCUCUAAUAAGUAUGAUAAGAAUGGAAUUCAUAUCAAAAAUGAGGAAAUUAUCGCGUCUGAACCGUCACUGAGCAAUUUUGAAACUGCUUUUUUGUGAUAUUUCCUGUUAUAUAACAGCUAAUUAGAGCUAUUUUAGUGUACACCCAUCCAGCAUUGUAUUUUAGUAUUAUUAACCGUUAUUCUUUAUUAGAUCCAGAUUAGCAAAAAACUGGCUUUUUCACUAUCAGAUUCUAUUCAAUCAAUAAAUAAUACAAAACUUUUGGUGGAUAUUUGCUAAAAAUAUAAGGACCUGUCAUAUAUUAUUUAUUCAUAUUAAAUCUAACUAUGUGCAGAAUAGCUUGAAUGUUAAAAUAAUAUUAGUAAGUUAUUAUUACUACUCACUUACUUAUUUCAAUGAUUUAGCUGAAAUUACGGUGAAUCAAGUAUAUUCGUUAGUGCAACGUUUCAAAUAUUUUUAUUAAUUAUGUUCUAAAUGCAUAUGCAAUUUCCACUGCUUGCAGGAUCUGGAAGACGAACUUUUCAAAAUUAAUCAUUAGGAAAACAAACACGAAGUAACUUUUAGACUAUUUUGCAAGUUUCUGUCAUCUUCCGUUGCCUUUUAACGAAUGGAUAACCAUCAGAUCAUAUACACUUCUAUUACUAUGUAAUAUAGAUGUCUUUAAAAUGCGUGAUAAACUUUCUUUUGAAAAUAAAAGGUAUCCCAAAAUUAACGCAAGAUUUGAAUUUAUCUCUUUCGUGCAGUAAAAGUGUUGGCAAUCCUAUUAAAAACAUUUGACAGCUGAUAGAUGUUAGUAACAAUGGGUAUUUCACGAUAGAACAACGUGUUUUCAUUGUUGAACAAUAUUUCAAAAAUAAUGAAAGUCUGACUGCCACAGUUCGAAAAUUUGAGAAUUACCCCCCCUAGAUCGUGGGAUUUAAUACCAUUGGAUUUCUUUUUAUGAGGUUAUUUGAAGUCAAAGAUCUAUGCCAACAAGCCCAUAAGCACGUGUGCAUUGAAGGAAGAAAUUUAAAGCUGCAUCAACGAAAUUCAUCUAUGUUUAGGCAAAAUGGUCAUGGGAAAAUUUCGACAAAAGAGUGCUUAUGUACCAGCAAAGUCGUGGAGGCCAUUUACCUUAUGUGUUAUUCCAUACAUAAUCCUAUCUUGUGUACUUUAUGAUUCAAUAAAAAUAUAAUAAUAAAAAAAACUGUGUUUUUUAUUUAAUUCAAAUCUUGCGUUAACAUGGUUUUUCUAUCGUGUAAUGCUCCCUUGUUACUAACCCUAAGCUAUCAGCUGUCAAAUGUUUUUUUUUUUUUAAAUUAAGUUUUCAACACUUUACCACACUAAUGUCGGCAAAUUGAAAUCUUGCGUUAAUUUUGGGAUACCUUUAUAUUAUCGGAGUAAAUUUUUUUUAAUUAGUUCUGAAAAAAUUGACCUUUUUUAUUUGCUUCCGUUUAUAUUUCAGUAUGUGUUGGCGGUUUUUAAGAAACUAUGUUCUAUAUUUUGAGAAUUAUUAUCAAAAUAUAGGACUCAUUAUUUAUUACAAAAAGAGAAAAUUGCCAGCAUACUUUAGCUACAUGAAACCUUUUUGUCAUUAAAAAAACCCAAAGCAAUUCCAACAGAAGUCUAUUUAGUAUUAAUUAAUUGGAAAUCUAUUAGUAUGCCGUCAGUAUCAUAAGCAAACUAUUCUUGAUCUCCUGGUAAUGGAAAUAACAUACGAAUCAUAAAGAAGGAUGUAAACGAUAUAAUAAUAAAUUCUACUAAAAAUAUACUAAAUAAACGUUUUUAUUUCAAUAACUAAAAUGUGUAUUGUCAAUUCAAAUAUAAUAGCCGUUGAAUUUGUUAAAAGCAAGUUAUACCUCAAAUCGUAGAGAAUGUUAAUAGCUAUGUAUAUUUUGUAGUGUAUAAAUUAUGGCUUGUAAACUUUUAGUUGUAUUGUGUAGUUUUAGUAGUAGUGAUAGAAUAGUCAUUGUUAUUUGUUAUAUUAUAGAGUAGUGUUAUUUGUUAACUCGUCGAUCACUCAAAAUUGUUAUUACUAUGUUGAAAAAUAGUUUUUUUUAU